CGCCGUCAUCAUCAUCGUGCUAUUCCUCCUCCUGGCCAUCGCCGGCUUCGCCAUCCACCGCAUGAAGAACCGCGUCGAUUACGGCAAGAAACGGGCCAUCGACGAGGAGAGCGGCGAGGAUGCCGGUUAAAUCCAUUUCGCAUAUAGCUUGAUGGCCCGAUGGCUUGGUUGUCUUACCUACCUUACCUGUCUUACUCUUUUACCCACCCACCCCUACGGGGUGUCUUCACGAACGCAUACGAUCGACGAUUUACGGCUGGCUGCUUUCUCAAUGGCUUGUUCACCACACUCAUACUUUAUCUGUCUACGACUACGAUUACGACCACAACUACGAGUAUGCGCAUUUUACGAUAUUUGGAUGAUGUUUUGAUGCGAUCACAUAUACACACACACGAACACGAACACAUAUACAUACAUAUAUACAUACA